AUGUUUGGUCAAACAAUCCAAAUGCUCGAGCAUCGUGAGUUCCUUUCAUCUUUCGACUUGUGCUGCUCUCCAACAAGUGUGACUCGUGCUGUCGUUCAUGUCAAAAGAACAAGAUUCCAUCAUUUACAGCUAACCCAAGUCCUUCACCCGAUCAUCAAUUCUCGCUCCUGCUUUCGUAAAAUUCGUGACUCCUUGUCUUCUCUCUCUACAACAAACCAGAAAAUCUUGACAAUGUUGAGCGCUCAUUCUUCUAGUGGGUCAAGCUCUGAAUACCAGGACGCAACAGCGACUAAUCCAGAUACCAAGAAUUGCACGCGCUACCCUGAGGCAUCAGCCAAUGACAAAGAUGCGCUUCCAAAUGCCAAUGAGGAUCUGAUGGAAAUAAUUGACUACGAAAAGAGGAGUCGCUGCGGCCUCGGCCAUCCUCACCGACCAGCUUUGGUCGACAUGCCGGGAAGUUUUCCAGAGUUUGCCGAUAAGAUGUUUGCCACUCACAUCAAGCUUGAAGAUGGGCCCUUAGCAUCAGCUGCGAACGAGAGAUCUCAAUCACCACCACCAAACUCUACUUUUGAAGCUAGCGAGAAAAGCCCUGAAUUCAGAUCUUUAUCACCAACUCGUAGCCUAAAUGAUUCUACUUCUCAAGAUGUCAAUUUACUUCGACAAUCACACGGGCUACAGGGCUCUGUUGAUGGAGCCGAGAGAAGACGUCUAUCUAGAUCUCCCUCACCCACCCGUAGCGUACAAUACCAGCCUUCUGCAUAUGUUGAUCGACUUCAAUCACUACAUCCAAGGCAAGGGUCGGAAACUGAGGUUUUCCGUAGCUUACAGAUUUCCACUUCUCCAGAUGGUAGUCUACGUCAACGAUCACACGCGCUACAGAGCUCUGCUGGACAGAAAAGACGCCAAUCUAGAUCUCCCUCACCCACCCGUAGCGUACAAUAUCAGCCUUCUGUUUACGUUGAUCGACCUCAAUCAUUACAACCUAGGCGUGGCUCGGGGCUACAGAGCUCUGUUGGCGGAGCUGGAAAAAAAAGACGCCAAUCUAGAUCUCCCUCACCCACCCGUAGCGUACAAUAUCAGCCUUCUGUUUACGUUGAUCGACGUCAAUCAUUGCAACCUAGGCGCGGCUCGGGGCUACAGAGCUCUGUUCACGGAGCUGGAGAGAAAAGACGCCAAUCGAGAACUCCAUCACCCGUUCGUAACUUACAAUAUCGGCGUUCUGGAUAUGUCAGUCGACUUCAAUCACUUGAACCAAGGCGCGGCUUGGAAUCCGCGGCUUUUCGGGCCCGCAAGGAAGGAGAUCAGAUUCAAUCAUCGGCGCAUAGCUUUCAAAAACCUGUUUCUGCAGCUGCCGAUCGCCUUCAAUCACGCCAUCUAGGGGAGUAUGAAAUUCAAUCCAGCAAUAAAAGACCCAGAUCUCCAUCAGUAACUCGUAGCUUCCAAAAUUCUCAAUUUAGCUCUCCAUCACCGAUUCAUAGCUUACAAUAUCAACCGUCUCGAUACGCCAAUCGACUUCAACCACUUCAACCACUUCAACCAACGCGCGACUCGAGAUACUCAGAUUUGGGAGCCCGCAAGAAUGGAAAUCAGACUCAAUCAUCGUCACAUAGCUUUCAAAAGUCUGUCUCUGGAGCCUCCAAUCACCUUCAAUCACGCUAUCUAGAGAAGCCUCAUUUUGAAGCCAGCACCAAUAGGAAUCCGUAUAAUUCCUCGCCUCCUCCGAAUGUUGCAAAGAUACUUCAAUCUCGAUCACCACCGCCACACAUCAAAGAAUCUGCAUCUGUAGCUGGUAGUAUAAACGGUGAAAUCAUAGAAAAACAAGACAAAGCUGUAGCAAUGGCAUCCACCUCAGGCUGCCAAUGCAGACUCUCCACCACGCGAGCUAUCUUGGCCAGUGGACUUCCCCCGCUCGAACUUUUGCUCAAAAGUAACAUAUGCGAUGGUCAGUUAUACAAGGAAACUGCACAGAUCUUCUUCAGAAUGUUUGAUGAAGUAAGAUUGGUGCAAGAUUGUGAUGAACACGUUCAAAGCUGUCCAAAUUUUGUGAUCUGA